UACUUAAACAUUUCAGGAACUUAUAUUAAGAAAAUCACAUUUUCUUGAUUUGUUCAGAAGUUUAUGUGGUUAUAUGAUGGAUAGUGGGGAUGUAUAUAGAGUUAGCAGUAUAAACAGUUCUAGCUGGAGUGGUAGAGUUCUCUUUUCGAAAUCUUGUCACGCAGAAUAUGAUGAUGAAGAAGCACUUAAAUGGGCUGCUAUCGAAAAACUUCCAACCAAUCUUCGAAUACAAAGAGGCAUACUCACUGAUGAAAAGGGUCAACCCAAAGAAAUCGAUAUAAAGAAACUGAGGUUGGUGGAAAAAAUGAAUCUAGUUGAUAGGCUUGUUAAAAUAGCUGAGCAAGACAAUGAGAAGUUCUUGUUAAAGCUUAAGGAACGGAUUGACCGAGUUGGACUUCAACUCCCCACUAUCGAGAUCCGGUAUGAGCAUUUGAAUGUUGAUGCAGAAGCAUAUGUUGGUGGCAGAGCCUUGCCUACUAUUUUCAACUUUGUAGUUAAUAUCUUAGAGGGAUCCUUAAAUUGUUUGCAUUUUCUUCCCAGCAGAAAGAAAUCAUUGCCAAUCCUUCAUGAUGUGAGUGGAAUCGUGAAGCCUGGCCGAAUGACAUUGCUCUUAGGCCCACCAAGCUCUGGGAAAACAACAUUGCUUUUAGCCUUGGCCGGAAAGCUUGGGUCAGAUUUACAUGUAUCUGGAAGAGUGACCUACAAUGGACAUGAAAUGAACGAAUUUGUUCCACAACGUACAUCUGCUUAUAUAAGUCAACAUGAUUUGCAUAUCGGAGAAAUGACAGUUAGAGAAACACUAGCUUUCUCUGCCAGAUGCCAAGGAGUUGGAGCAAACUAUGAAAUGUUGGCCGACCUGGCAAGGAGAGAAAAAGAAGCAAACGUCAAGCCUGAUCCCGAUCUUGAUGUCUACAUGAAAGCGGCAUCACUACAAGGGCAAAAAGCCAGUGUCGUCACUGAAUAUGUUAUCAAGAUUUUAGGCCUUGAAGUCUGUGCUGACACCAUAGUAGGAGAUGAAAUGGCCAGAGGCAUUUCUGGAGGCCAAAAAAAGCGAGUUACAACUGGUGAAAUGAUGGUUGGGCCAUCAAGAGCAUUUUUAAUGGAUGAGAUAUCUACUGGUUUGGAUAGUUCCACGACGUUCCAAAUAGUGAAUUCAAUUAGGCAAUCAAUUCAUAUUCUUCGAGGAACGUCUGUAAUCUCACUCCUCCAACCGGCACCAGAAACCUACGACUUAUUUGAUGAUGUGAUUCUUCUCUCAGAUGGACAAGUUGUCUAUCAAGGUCCCCGAGAAAAUGUGCUGGAGUUUUUUGAGCACAUGGGUUUCAAAUGUCCUGAGAGAAAAGCAGUUGCCGACUUUUUACAAGAAGUAACAUCAAAGAAAGAUCAGGAGCAAUAUUGGGUCAGAACUAAUGAACAUUACAGUUUUGUUACGGUACAAGAAUUCGCACAAGCAUUUAGGUUGUUCCAUGUAGGAAGAAGACUAGGUGAUGAACUUGCUGUUCCAUUUGACAGAACCAAAAGCCACCCUUCUGCUUUGACUAGAAAGAAAUAUGGUGUUAGCAGAAAGGAAUUGUUGAAAGCAUGCAUAUCUAGAGAGUACUUGCUUAUGAAACGGAAUUCUUUCGUUUAUAUAUUCAAGAUGAUACAGCUUAUUUUCUUGGCGAGUAUAUCGAUGACAUUAUUUCUACGCACUGAGAUGCAUAAGAAAACAGUAAUGGAUGGAACGGUUUACAUGGGUUCUUUGUUUUACACAUUACUCACAAUUACUUUCAAUGGAUACUCAGAGCUUGCAAUGAGUGUUAGUAAACUUCCAGUGUUCUACAAGCAACGAGACCUUCUAUUUUUUCCUGCUUGGAUAUACGCAAUACCGACAUGGAUCCUCAAGAUACCAGUCACAAUUGCUGAAGUUGCUGCCUGGGUAAUCAUGACGUAUUAUGUCAUAGGGUUUGAUUCAGAUGUCGGAAGGUUUUUCAGACAAUUGCUUCUGCUUGUAUGUGUUCAGCAGAUGGCUUCUGCACUCUUUCGUUUCAUAGCAGCAUUAGGACGAAAUAUCAUUGUCGCCACCUCAUUUGGCUCACUCGCCCUUCUUGCCAUUCUUGUGCUAGGUGGAUUUGUCUUGUCACGGGAUGAUAUAAAAGGCUACUGGGUGUGGGGUUACUGGCUUUCACCUCUGAUGUAUGGGCAGACUGGCUUGGCUGUCAAUGAACUCCUUGGGAAGAGUUGGAAACAGGUUUUACCGAACUCCACAGAAACAGUAGGUGUUGCUGUCCUAAAGUCCCGUGGACUAUUUGCAGAACCAAAAUGGUAUUGGAUCUCAGUAGGUGCUUUAGUUGGAUAUGUGUUCCUCUUCAAUAUCUUCAACGUUUUGGCUCUCACAUACCUGAACUCAUUAGGGACACCACAGGCAGUUCUGUCCGAAGAAACGUUGGCGGCAAGAAAUGCUAUAAAAUCAGGAGAUCCAAUCGAAUUAUCAGAAACGAAAAAUGAAGGUCAAACAGAAGGCAACGCGAAAAAGAAGUGUGGGAUGGUUUUACCUUUUGUGCCCCUUUCCCUAACAUUUGAUGAAAUCAGAUAUGCAGUGGAUAUGCCUCGGGAAAUGAAAGCACAAGGUGUUGUGCAGGACCAACUAGAACUAUUAAAGAAUGUUAGUGGUUGUUUUAGGCCAGGAGUUCUCACAGCUCUAAUGGGGAUCAGUGGUGCUGGAAAGACAACUUUAAUGGAUGUCUUAGCGGGACGCAAAACAGGAGGGUACAUACACGGAACAAUCAGUAUCUCUGGGUACCCAAAGAAGCAAGAAACGUUUGCUCGCAUUGCAGGAUAUUGUGAGCAAACUGAUAUCCACUCCCCACAUGUCACUGUCUUUGAGUCCUUGCAAUAUUCUGCAUGGCUACGGUUACCACCUGAGGUUGAUUCAGCAACCAGAGAGAUGUUUAUUGAGGAGGUCAUGGAGCUUGUGGAGCUAAAUACACUGAGUGGAGCACUGGUGGGAUUACCUGGUGUAAAUGGGCUUUCAAUUGAGCAGCGCAAGAGGCUGACAAUCGCAGUUGAGCUAGUGGCAAACCCAUCUAUAAUUUUUAUGGAUGAGCCCACAUCAGGAUUGGAUGCAAGGGCAGCUGCAAUAGUCAUGAGAACGGUGAGAAACACAGUUGAUACAGGUCGAACAGUGGUAUGCACCAUACAUCAGCCAAGCAUCGACAUCUUUGAUGCUUUUGACGAGCUAAUUCUACUCAAAAGUGGAGGAGAAGAGAUAUAUGUUGGUCCAUUAGGCCGUCAUUGUUGUCAAUUGAUCAAGUAUUUUGAGGAUAUUGAUGGAGUGAAUAAAAUAAAAGAUGGUUACAAUCCGGCAACUUGGAUGUUGGAAGUGACCUCUGGAGCACAGGAAGCAGCUUUGGGUGUUGACUUUGCUCAAGUAUACAAGAAGUCGGAACUAUACAGGAGAAAUAAGGAGUUGAUACACGUAAAUGGUCAGCCUAUACCUGGUUCCACUGAUUUACAUUUCCGUACUCAAUAUGCACAGUCUUUUUGGACACAAUGUAUGGCAUGUCUAUGGAAACAAAAUUGGUCAUAUUGGCGAAACCCGCCCUACACUGCAGUCAGAUUCUUCUUCACAACGUUCAUUGGGUUAAUGUUUGGCGCAAUUUUCUGGGAUAUGGGUUCCAAAAGGGAAAAGAAACAAGAUCUUUUUAAUGCAAUGGGUUCAAUGUAUGCUGCUGUAAUGUUUAUUGGAAUGAAAAACGCACUUUCCAUACAACCUGUUGUUUCUAUUGAGAGAACAGUCUUUUACAGGGAAAGGGCUGCUGGGAUGUACUCUGCUUUUCCAUACGCCUUUGGACAAGUUAUGAUUGAGAUACCAUACAUUUUUGUUCAAACGAUUGUGUAUGGCAUUAUUGUAUACGCAAUGAUUGGAUUCGAGUGGUCGACUGUGAAGUUCUUUUGGCAUCUCUUCUUUAUGUACUUCACGUUACUGUACUUCACAUUUUUUGGAAUGAUGACAGCAGCAGUCACCCCUAACCACAACAUCGCUGCUAUAAUCUCGUCUGCCUUUUUUGCAAUAUGGAACCUAUUCUCGGGAUUCAUUAUUCCACGGACAAGGAUACCCAUAUGGUGGAGGUGGUACUACUAUAUCUGCCCUGUUGCUUGGACACUCUAUGGAUUACUUGCUUCACAAUUUGGAGAUAUGUCAGACAAACUAGAAUCAGGAGAAACAGUUUCCGACUUCAUCAACAGUUACUUUGGGUUUGAACAUGCCUUUGUAGGUUAUGUUGCAAUGAUCAUUGUUGGAUUUACCGUCCUCUUCGGAUUCAUUUUUGCGUACUCUAUCAAGUCAUAUAACUUCCAAACACGGUAAGUCGGUAACACAAAUAUUAUUAUUGCCAUUAAGUCCAUACUUCAAUCAUUGCUCAUGGAUCACCCGGACGAUAAUUUUAGUGAUCAGCUGAGCAUGCAUUGUCUCACGAAAACCAUUUGUAGUUUUAUACUUUUCUAUAAUUGUAUUAAGACAAGAACAAAGUUUGAACAGUAAAUGUCAGUAGAUUGCUCUAUGAAAAUUUGUGAGUAACACUACUCUCUUGUACGUAUAGAGACAGAAUAAUGAAAUGAUAUUGCAGUAA